UCUUAAGACGGAGCCAGGGACUGUUCCAAGGGGCUUCUGAUGAUGGCUGUGGAAGGGUCAACCAUAACCAGCCGGAUCAAAAACCUGCUGCGAUCCCCAUCCAUCAAACUACGACGGAGUAAGGCAGGAAACCGGCGAGAGGACCUCAGCUCUAAGGUGACCUUGGAGAAGGUUCUGGGAAUAACAGUAUCUGGAGGCAGAGGACUUGCUUGUGACCCUCGGUCAGGUUUAGUUGCCUACCCAGCAGGGUGUGUGGUCGUGCUAUUCAAUCCCCGGAAACACAAACAGCACCACAUCCUCAACAGUUCCAGGAAAACCAUCACUGCCCUUGCCUUCUCCCCUGAUGGCAAGUACUUGGUCACUGGAGAGAGUGGACACAUGCCUGCUGUGCGGGUUUGGGACGUGGCUGAGCGCAGCCAGGUGGCAGAGCUGCAGGAACAUAAGUAUGGUGUGGCUUGUGUGGCCUUCUCCCCUAGUGCCAAGUAUAUCGUCUCCAUAGGCUACCAGCAUGACAUGAUCGUCAAUGUCUGGGCCUGGAAGAAAAACAUUGUCGUGGCUUCCAACAAAGUGUCCAGUCGGGUGACAGCAGUAUCCUUCUCUGAGGACUGCAGCUACUUUGUCACUGCAGGCAACCGGCACAUCAAAUUCUGGUACCUCGAUGACAGCAAGACCUCAAAGGUGAAUGCCACCGUGCCCUUGCUGGGCCGCUCAGGGCUGCUGGGGGAGCUACGGAACAACCUGUUCACCGACGUGGCCUGUGGCCGUGGGAAGAAGGCAGAUAGCACCUUCUGUAUCACAUCCUCAGGGCUAUUGUGCGAGUUCAGUGAGCGGAGACUUUUGGACAAGUGGGUGGAGCUAAGAAGCCCAGACAGCUUCACAACCACAGUGGCCCACUGCAUCUCUGUGAGCCAAGACUACAUCUUCUGUGGCUGUGCUGAUGGCACCAUACGCCUUUUCAACCCCUCUAACCUGCACUUCCUCAGCACGCUACCCCGUCCUCAUGCUCUGGGGACAGACAUUGCCAGCAUCACUGAGGCCAGUCGCCUCUUCUCUGGAGUGGCCAAUGCCAAGUAUCCAGACACCAUUGCCUUGACCUUUGAUCCUACUAAUCAGUGGCUGUCUUGUGUAUACAACGACCACAGCAUUUAUGUCUGGGAUGUGAGGGACCCCAAGAAAGUGGGCAAGGUGUACUCAGCUCUGUAUCAUGCCUCCUGUGUCUGGAGUGUGGAGGUCUACCCUGAGGUGAAGGACAGUAACCAAGCCUGCCUGCCUCCCAGCUCAUUUAUCACGUGUUCCUCUGACAACACCAUCCGCCUAUGGAAUACAGAGAGUUCUGGGGUACAUGGAUCUACACUGUACCGAAACAUCCUCAGCAAUGACCUUAUUAAGAUCAUCUAUGUGGAUGGGAACACUCAGGCCCUGCUGGACACCGAGCUGCCUGGAGGCGACAAAGCUGAUGGGUCCCUGAUGGAUCCCCGUGUGGGCAUCCGCUCUGUGUGUAUCAGCCCCAAUGGACAACAUCUAGCUUCAGGGGACCGGAUGGGCACACUGAGGGUUCAUGAACUGCAGACCCUGAGUGAGAUGCUGAAGGUCGAGGCCCAUGAAUCAGAGAUUCUGUGCCUGGAGUACUCGAAGCCAGACACAGGUCUGAAGCUGCUAGCCUCAGCCAGCCGGGACCGAUUGAUCCACGUGCUGGAUGCUGGACGGGAGUAUAGCCUGCAGCAGACGCUGGAUGAGCACUCAUCUUCCAUCACUGCCGUCAAGUUUGCAGCCAGCGAUGGGCAAGUCCGCAUGAUUAGCUGUGGAGCAGAUAAGAGCAUCUACUUCCGAACUGCACAGAAGUCUGGAGAUGGAGUACAGUUUACACGGACACACCAUGUGGUACGGAAGACGACCCUGUAUGACAUGGAUGUGGAGCCCAGUUGGAAGUACACUGCCAUUGGCUGCCAGGACCGAAAUAUUCGGAUCUUUAACAUCAGCAGUGGGAAGCAGAAGAAGCUGUUUAAAGGGUCACAGGGUGAGGAUGGCACCCUAAUCAAGGUGCAAACAGACCCCUCAGGGAUCUACAUUGCCACCAGCUGUUCUGACAAAAACCUCUCCAUUUUUGACUUCUCCUCAGGCGAGUGUGUGGCCACCAUGUUUGGCCACUCAGAGAUUGUCACUGGCAUGAAAUUCAGUAAUGACUGCAAACAUCUCAUCUCUGUGUCUGGGGACAGUUGCAUAUUUGUGUGGCGCCUGAGUUCAGAGAUGACCAUCAGCAUGAGGCAGCGCCUGGCUGAGCUUCGCCAGCGUCAGCGAGGGGUCAAGCAUCAAGGACCAUCUUCUCCCCAAAGAACUAUACCCAACCGACACAAGGCCCCACCCAUGCUCUCUACUGGACAAGCUCUCUCAUCAGACAGUGACAAGGAGGGAGAAGAUGAGGGAACAGAAGAAGAAGAACUUCCAGCUCUGCCCAUCCUUACCAAGAGUAUCAAGAAAGUGCCACUAGUCCCUAGUUCAGCCAUGCCCCGAAGCCUGUCCCACUGGGAGAUGAGUCGGGCACAGGAGACAGAGUUCCUGGAUCCAGUUCCUGCAUCCAACCAAGGAUCCAGAAGAAGGGGACGCUGGGCUCAGCCAGGUGUGGAGCUAAGUGUUCGCUCUAUGCUGGACCUGCGACAGCUGGAGACACUAGCUCCAAGCCCUCAGGGCCCCAGCCAGGACUUACUGGCCAUGGCCCCAUCAGAUCCUGGGAAGUAUGGUCAACAAGUCCCUGAGGCCUCAUAUGUUAAACAGAAUGAAAGACCCCCUUGGCCUCAGGUUUCCCAACCCUGUUCCUGCCCCCACGUUAUCCGAUUGUUGUCCCAAGAGGAUGGGGUCUUUGCCCAAGAUCUGGAGUCUGCUCCCAUCGAAGAUGGUGUUGUCUACCCGGAGCCAAGUGACAGCCCCACCCUGGAUACCAGUGAGUUCCAGGUGCAGGCCCCAGCCCGAGGGACCCUGGGAAGAGUGUACCCAGUUAGCAGGGGCUCAGAGAAACACAGCCCUGACAGUGCCUGCUCUGUGGAUUACAGUAGCAGCCGCCUUUCCAGCCCUGAGCACCCCAAUGAAGACUCUGAGAGCACGGAGCCCCUGAGUGUGGAUGGCAUCUCCUCAGACCUUGAAGAGCCAGCUGAGGGUGAUGAGGAAGAGGAGGAAGAGGAGGGAGGCACUGGUCCCUGUGGGCUGCAGGAAGGCAGCCCCCAUACGCCGGACCAGGAGCAGUUUCUAAAACAGCACUUUGAGACUUUGGCAAAUGGGGCAGCUCCAGGGGGCCCAGUCAGGGUACCAGAGAGGACAGUGUCUCAGAGCAUCUCUUCACGAUUCCUGCUGCAAGUGCAGACCCUCCCACUCAGGGAACCAUCCCCUUCCUCCUCAAGCCCGGCACUGAAGUUGAGACCAGUCCAGGUGCCACAGGCGUCUGGUGAACAGCUGAGAGGCAAUGGUGCCAAUCCCCCUGGAGCUCCCCCGGAGGCAGAGCCUUCUCCUGCCAACAUUGGUCCCCAGCAGACAGCCCCUGUGCUAUUGCCACUCCGCCGUCUGAAACCAGACAGCAGCUGGGCCCCUAAGAGAGCAGCUACAAUCGGCUCCUUAGGUGGACUGCAGAAAGCCCAGUCUGUGCAUAGUCUGGUGCCACAGGGUGAGGAUCCUGGUGUACUCAAUGAGGCCCCUCUCCCAGGCCCAUUGCUCUCACAGGAGAUCAAGGCCCAAGCAGGCCUAGGCUCCCGAAUCCAGGCUGAUGGCCACCUGUCUCGGCCCCACUCCUACCGGAAUCCCACCACCAGUUCCAUGGCCAAGAUAGCCCGCAGUAUCUCCGUUGGGGAGAACCUGGGCCUGACAGCUGAACCACAAACUCCUGUUCCCAUCCGAGUCUUACCAUUCAGCAAGCUGGCCCUGCCCAGUCGGGCUCACCUGGUCCUGGACAUCCCCAAAUCACUGCCUGACCGUCCUACCCUGGCCACAUUCUCCCCUGUAACCAAGGGCCAAUCCCCUGGUGAGGCAGAACAGCCUGGCUCCCCAGCUGGUUUGGGAAAGGCUCACAGUACACCUGACAGGCGGGCAUGUUUGGGGGAGAGUAUCAUUCCCAAGCCUAGGACAGAGUGCUCAGCUCAGCCUGGGCCCAGCAGCCCCUGUGUCCAGCAGCUGCCAGUCAGCAGCCUCCUCCGAGGUCCUCAGAACUUGCAGCCCCCAUCCCCUGAGAAGAUUCCCAGCCCCAUGGAAUGUACCAGGCCAGGGGCAGCCCUGAGCCAGGACUCAGGACCAGUGGUGAGCUUGGAGCAGUGUGAACAACUUGUGGCAGAGCUUCAGGGCAAUGUGCGAGAGGCCAUGCAUCUCUACCAUGUGGUGGCCAGCUGCAAGACACCCUCAGCGGAACAAAGUCGCAUUACUCAACUCCUCAGAGACACCUUCUCCUCAGUGAGGCAGGAGCUGGAGGCCCUGGCUGGGGCAGUGCUGUCUAGCCCAGGUGGAAGCCCUGGGGCUGUGGGAGCUGAGCAGACACAGGCCCUGCUAGAGCAGUACUCAGAGCUGCUGCUUCGAGCCGUGGAGCGGCGCAUGGAACGCAGACUCUGA